CCUGUGGUCGGCCGCUGCCGCUGCUUGUCUGUUUUCAAGUUCAACGAGUUUAUUUAAUAUAUCUGAAUAUUUCAAAUAAUUAGCAAAAAAUAUAUAAGUAUUACAAUUUUAUUUAACCGGUUAGAUAGGUAAAGGAUAGGUUUAUAGAAAUGGCAGAAGUCGAAACUCAGACGCCUGACUACCAGCUAAGGCGAUGGCUUAAUAUAAGGAAACUCUUAGAAAGGUCUGGUCCCUUCUGUCACCCUGAUUUUGAACCAUCGGCGGAAAUACUGGACUUUAUAAUGAAUAGUUGCAAAGUUCUUAUAGUCGGUGCCGGCGGUCUCGGCUGCGAGUUGCUCAAAGACUUGGCUCUGAUGGGAUUUAAGAAAUUACAUGUAGUUGAUAUGGAUACCAUAGAACUGUCUAAUCUGAACAGGCAGUUUCUGUUCAGGAGGAAUGAUAUUGGAUUGUCAAAAGCAAAAUGUGCAGUGGAUUUUGUGAAUAAAAGGAUCCCUGGCUGUGAAGCAGUAGCACAUCAUUGUCCAAUACAAGACCUUGACGAAGGCUUCUAUCGUCAGUUCCAUAUAGUUGUUUGUGGACUGGACUCAAUUGUUGCUAGGCGUUGGUUGAAUGGUAUGCUGGUAUCACUGCUACAAUAUAAUGAUGAUAGGAGUCUUGAUCAAAGCAGUGUAAUCCCAUUAGUGGAUGGAGGAACAGAGGGAUUCAAAGGAAAUGCAAGGGUGAUUCUACCGGGAAUGAGUGCUUGUAUUGAGUGCACACUUGAUUUAUACCCUCCACAGAAAACCUUCCCUCUUUGCACAAUUGCAAACACACCAAGAUUGCCAGAACAUUGUGUAGAAUAUGUUAAAGUAUUGCAAUGGGAGAAAGAAAAUCCAUGGGGCAAUGUCACACCACUGGAUGGUGAUGAUCCCCAACACGUGGCAUGGGUGUAUGAGAAGGCCCAGGAAAGAGCGAUGAAGUACGGCAUAACGUCUGUCACAUAUAGAUUGACACAGGGUGUUCUGAAAAAUAUCAUACCGGCAGUUGCUAGCACUAAUGCUGCUAUAGCAGCUACCUGUGCUACAGAGGUAUUCAAAUUGGCUUCAUCUUGCUGUGUUAACAUGAACAAUUACAUGGUUCUCAACAUGGCGGACGGUGUGUACACUUAUACAUUCAAUGCUGAGAAGAGAACUGAUUGUGUAACAUGCAGUAACACCACAAAGGUUAUGGAGGUUGACCAUGAUGUUACAUUACAAACUAUAUACAACAAACUUUGUGAAGACAAUGCAUUUUUAAUGAAAAAUCCAGGUAUCACCACAGUUAUAAAUGGGCGCAAUAAAACCCUUUAUAUGCCAACUGUCAAGAGCAUCGAGGAAAAGACUAGAGACAACCUAAAAAAGAAAAUAACUGAAUUGGGCUUAUUCAAUGGUGCAGAAAUAUUAGUUGCUGAUGUUACAACUCCUAAUACUGUUACAAUUAAGUUAAAACUAUUGGAAAGAAUAGAUGUAGACUUGUAAAUUGUAAUGUACAUGGAAAGAUAAAGUUAAAAAAAAAACAAUUACCUGCUACUAAACAAUAAAAUUGUUAAUCUAGCA